AUGAACUUAGGAGCAUCAGGUGAAAGUGACUCCAGAUUCUACACUGGCAGCAUUAACACCAGCCCUACAACUGUCACACCAGUGACCAUCUCAACUGACCCCUGCUACAACUACACUGUGCUGGACAAUCCAUGGAGAUCCAUCAAUAAUACACUGAACUCCUCCUCCUCCUCCUCCUACAAGUGUGACCAGUCUGUCUCCUGGAGCGGCUGGUAUCGUCUCUUCAUUAACGGCAUGAGCGCUCAUAUCCCAGACACGUGUGUUGCUGAGUACAGCUGUGGCACUUGGACCGCACUGUGGAUCCGUGGUGGACACCCAACAGUAACAGAUGGAGUCGUCACUCGAGAGCUCUGCGGUAACGAUGAGAGUUUCUGCUGCUCUUACAGGUCUUAUCCCAUUAAAGUCAAAGCCUGUCCAGGAGAUUAUUAUGUCUAUGAGCUGGUCAGACCAGCAGUACCCAUUUCAGCAUACUGUGCAGACACUGGCAGCAUUAACACCAGCUCUACAACUGUCACACCAGUGACCAUCUCAACUGGAAAGGACCGGUUUUUCAUAUCCAGUGAGUGGUUGAGCUGGUCUGGGAGCAGGCAGUUCUGCAGAUAUCGAGGAGCUGAUCUGGUCAUUAUCAACACUGAAGAGAAGCAGAGGUACAUAACUUCAUUAGCCAAGGAGAGAGUGUGGAUUGGUUUGACGGACAUUGAGACUGAGGGGACCAUGAAAUGGGUGGAUAAUUCAACACUGACACAAGGGUUUUGGUAUAAAAGAGAGCCAAAUAAUGCAGGUGGAGACGAGGACUGUGUUGAACUGACCCCUUCAGACUCCAUCCAGAACUGGAAUGAUCUCCCAUGCUUUAAGAAGAGGAAAGCGAUUUGUGAGAAAUAGGGUUCAUCCCGUCUUCUCAUGUUUUUAAUUGUA